AUGGGAACCAGAAAAUCAACAAUUGUUUCCCCAGCAACACCUGCAAUAUCAGCAAGAAUAUCAAGUCCGACAACACCAGCAAAGUCAGCAACAUCUGCGAGACCACCAGAGCCAGCAAGACCGACAAUACCUGCAACACCUGCAACACCUGCAACACCUGCAACACCUGCAACACCUGCAACACCUGCAACACCUGCAACACCUGCAACACCUGCAACACUUGCAGCAUCAAAAUCAAGAAAAGCAGCAUCAAGAAAAGCAGCGUCGAGAAAAACAACGUCAAGAAAGGCAUCGGGAAAUACAGGAGGAGAAGCGGGGCUGAACGAAGAAAUCUCAGAUGAUGAAGUUUUGGACGAAGAAGAUUUAGAGGACGAAGAGGAGGGAAUAUCCCGCCGUAGUAUGACGCCUGCUUUAUCCUUCGCCCUUCUCGGUCUCAUCUCCCGGGCACCGUCCCAUCCAGCCUAUGUUGCACACUGUUCAUAUUUCCUUGAGGGACGCUGUAAGUCUGCAUCGAGGCAUAACAGAUGUUGCCGUGACAAACUGCAUUUCAAGCGCAUAAUUCAUGCUCAGACAGACGUUAGACUUGGUGAUUGUUCGUUCUUGGAUUCUUGCGAUAUGUCUGACAGAUGUCCCUACAUACAUUAUCAGCCGUUGUUUCCAGAGAGUGUUAUAAAACGUAUUCAAGAGCUGAAUAAGGAAGAGUUAAUGACUCUUGGAAACCCGCUUAUGGAUGAACUCCAGGGGAAAGCGGGUGAAAUGGAGAACCUGGGCAGUAUCAAGAAUGAAGACGAAGGGGCCUGGGGUAUUGGAGAAAAAGAUAUUGUGGAUAAUGCAAAAUCAACGAAAAAGGGCAUCAGUUUCCCGCCGAGCGCAAGUGCUCCUCCCCAAUGGAUUAGGUGCGAUAUCACUAAAUUCGACUUGGGGAUCCUGGGAAAAUUCAGGGCUAUCAUGGCAGAUCCACCGUGGGACAUUCGAAUGACUCUCCCGUAUGGUACCGUUCCCGAUCAAGCUAUCAUCGAUCUUCCAUUGGGAAGCCUCCAGGACGAGGGCCUUUUUUUUCUGUGGUGUACUGCAAGGACUAUUGACGCCGGCCAUGCCUGUCUACGUGCGUGGGGGUAUCGGUUCUGUGAUGAAAUUGCCUGGGUCAAAGUUGACCAUCUCAACCGUCUGAUUUCUGUUGGUAGGACAGGACACUGGCUUAACCAUACGAUGGAGCAUUGUCUGGUCGGAAUCAAAGGGAACCCAACAUGGGUCAAUAAAGGUAUCGAUAUGGAUGUUAUUGUUGCACAACCUAGGGCAACCAGUCACAAACCAGAUGAGAUUUAUGAUGUUAUUGGUCGUCUUGUGGGUCUAGAAGCUAGAAAACUUGAACUUUUCGGAAGAGAGCACAAUAUACGCAAAGGGUGGUUGACUCUCGGGAAUCAGCUUCCACAUAGUCAUAUUCACGAAAAGGCACUUAAAGGGGCAUACAUGAAUUAUCUAUCUAGAGCUGGGUAUCCCUAUACCUACAAUGCUGCCUGGAAUCCUUGGGCGAAUGGCUUCGACCGAUAUGGAUAUGGUGUAAUGAAUGACUGGCGCGAAGAACGAAAGAUAGGUGUCCUCAAAAGUAGAGCACAAGUUUCGAACAUGAGAGGAAGAGGUGGUAGAGGAAACAACAAUACAUCACUAUCCCAGCCGAGGCCCGGGUUUAGAAAAGAUUUCCAAGGUCUUGAGCGUGGGCAGCAGGGUGAAACUGGUAAUAUCAACAGUCAUAACCAGCAAUCACAACAACUCAACAGACAGAAAUAUUAUCAGAAACAACCGCAGCAAAAAUAUCAGCGGGGCGGCAGUUACCGGGGUGGGUAUCAGCAGAAGAACCAGCAAGGCCGCGAGCACUAUCAACCAAAUACUCGGAUGAACAGCCAGAAAACACCCCUCCAGGGAAGCCAAAAGGGAAAAAAUGGAGAGAUCGAGGAGAAUAGCGGCAAUCAAUCCGGUUACUUUGAAACUAACGACAAAGAUAAGGAUUACGAAGAGGUGGGGGAGCAGUUCACUGGCCUGGAUUUUAUCUGA